AUGGCCGCCGAACAGAGGAAGCUGCUCGAGCAGCUCAUGGGCGGCUCAUCCAUGUCGCGCGCCGCUCAGCUAUCACUAAACGAUCCCAAAGUCUGCCGAUCCUACCUUGUCGGCACCUGUCCACACGACCUCUUCACCAACACAAAGCAAGACAUCGGACCUUGUCCCAGGGUGCAUAACGAAGCAUUGAAGGCUGAAUACGAGGCCCUUUCGGAUAAGGAGAAGCAAAAGUACGGGUUUGAUUACGAUUACAUGCGCGAUCUACAAAAAUACAUCGAUGCGUGUAACCAGCGGAUAGACGCCGCGCAACAACACCUCAAGAAGACGCCAGACGAAAUCAGGCAGACGAACCUCCUUCUCAAAACCAUAUCCGAACUCACCUCCAGCAUAAACAAUGGUCUCCUCGAAGUCGAAAUCCUCGGCGAAAUCGGCGAAGUCCACAAAGCCGUCGACGAGAUGUACCGCGUCCACCAAGCCCGCCAGGCCAAAGCCGAGCGCGAGCGCGAGCUCAAGGAGCUCUCCGACACCUCGGGCCCCUCGGGCCACCAGAAGCUCCAGGUCUGCGACGUCUGCGGCGCCUACCUCAGCCGUCUCGAUAACGACAGGCGCCUCGCCGAUCACUUUUACGGGAAGAUGCACCUGGGCUACGCGCAGAUGCGGAGGACGUACGAUGCUUUCCCUAAGGAGAUGAGGGGGCGGAUUAGGCCGCCGAUGGAUUUGGAUGGGGCUGGGCCAGGGCCUGCGGCGGGGCCGAGGGGGCCUAGGGGUGGUGGGUAUAGAGGUAGAGGGAGAGGGUAUCGUGGGGGGUGGUAG